AUGCAUGUGCGUGUGGCUAUGGCACAGGUGGAGGAGAGGGUGGACGGGUGCGGCGGCGGUGGUGGCGGCGGCGGUGGCGACGGCAGCGGUGGUGGCCCUUCAAAAGACUUGGAUAUAGUGGAAGUAGUGGGAAGCCGUGCCAUCUCCAAGUACUACAAAGGUAAAUCCGUGCAUUGUAGCGGUCUUCAUCGAUACCCACGCACGAAAGCCCUGGAGAAGGAGCGUUUUACACCAAACGAGUGUGUCUACGCCAAGUAUCGCUAUGGAUUGGGACGAAAACAACUGGAGUUUUGCCAUCAUCCCGAGGGCAGCUUUGCUAUGCAUGCAGUCCUUAAGUCGGCCCAAGCAGUCAUCUACUACUGUCCCCACAUCUUCAAGGACCGACGCUGGAAUUGCUCCUCAGUGGAAUACCUUCCCAAAGCCACACCUGAUAUAGCUAGAACAACCCGAGAGAAAGCAGCGAUGCACGCAUUAGCCAGCGCUGCGCUCAUGUUUGAGAUAGCCCGCCGCUGUGCGGAGAAUAAGAUAAUGGACUGCGAGUGUGGCCGAGUUGACAACUGGAACGUGCCUCCACAACCUCAGGACAUUGAUGAUCCCGGACCUAGUGAUGGCAAUCAACCGCAAGACGUGCCAGUGCAGUACCAUUGGGGCGGAUGUUCUGAUAAUGUCGAGGCCGCAAAGACGUAUACGCAGGCUUUUCUCGGUUUCCCUUCGGAAAAUAGACCGCAGCGAAGGCGAAGCAGAUAUGCUAUGGACGUUUAUGGUCGCUAUAAUAGAGUGCCCAGACAGACAGUAAAACCAACGAAAAAACGGAACUCGAGGAGGAAAACAAAGAAGAUUGUCAACCUUCACAACUAUAAGGCUGGAAUAAAGAUAAUUGAGGAUUCGCAGCGGACAAGGUGCAAAUGUCAAGGCGUAAGCGGCAGCUGUGCUCACAAAAUAUGCUUCAGGCAACUGCUGCGAGUGGAUUCAGCUCAGCUACAGGACAUAAUCCUUCAGCGCUACAUGAUGGCGCGAUAUGUCUCUGUCGAGUAUGGAAACCUCUUAAUCGCUAAGGAAUACGAAUAUGGCUCCUACACGCCUCGAGUAAUUCAUUACAGUGAACUGGCGUUCGCAGAACACUCCCCGGACUUCUGCGAACCCGACCCGCGACUUGGCUCUGUUGGAACAAAAGGAAGGUAUUGUUCCACAAACGACACAGAAAGAAUGCAAUCCAACCACUGCCAGAAUAUGUGCUGUGGCAGGGGGUACGUGACUUACGAGGAGACAACAUUCACCAACUGCAACUGUCGUAUAACCAAGGAUUUCAGAGUAAUAUGUGACAAGUGUCCCCGAGUUGUCCUACGAAACAUUUACUCGCAACAGGCUUUACCGGUGGCGCUGAAGAAGCGUCUUUCCUUCAAAUUCGUCCGACACUACAAGAAGGUUAAGUUUGAGGCCACAUCCAUCAGAGAAGUCAGUUAUAUCCUUAAAACUUCCAUUAUCGAAGCUGUGCUCAUACCAAAUGCACAGGAUGCAGAGCAGAAAUUCGCUCCCGAACCGAGUCCUCCGUGGUAG